AAUAAGAAGAACAAACAUAACAAAUUAAACAACAAUAUAUAGCCAAUAAUAAUUAAUAUUAAUUCUAAUAUGGCCUCACCAAAAACCCUCACCACCCUAGCAGACGAAAACACAUUUGAAUCUCGUUUUAUUCGUGACGAAGAUGAGCGUCCAAAAAUUGCGCACAAUAAUUUCAGCAACGAGAUUCCAAUAAUUUCAAUUGCUGGAAUUGAUGAGGCAAAUGAGCAAAGAGAAGAGAUAUGUAAGAGGAUUGUGGAAGCGUGCGAGGAAUGGGGUAUUUUUCAGGUUGUUGAUCAUGGUGUUGAUACCAAACUCAUAUCAGAGAUGACACGUCUCGCUAGAGAAUUCUUCGCUUUGUCACCGGAGGAAAAGCUUCGUUUUGAUAUGUCCGGUGGCAAAAAGGGCGGUUUUAUUGUCUCCAGCCACCUCCAAGGAGAAGCAGUGCAGGAUUGGAGAGAAAUAGUAACAUAUUUUUCAUAUCCAAUUAAAAGCAGAGAUUAUUCAAGGUGGCCAGAGAAGCCAGAAGAGUGGAAAAAGGUAACAGAAGAAUACAGCGAGAAAUUAAUGAGUUUGAGUUGUAAAUUAUUACAAGUGUUGUCAGAAGCAAUGGGCUUAGAAAAAGAUGCAUUGACAAAAGCAUGUGUGGAUAUGGACCAAAAAGUUGUGGUUAAUUUUUACCCAAAAUGUCCAAAACCUGACCUUACAUUAGGACUCAAACGACACACAGAUCCAGGUACUAUUACUCUCUUAUUUCAAGAUCAAGUGGGUGGGCUUCAAGCUACAAAAGAUAAUGGCAAAACUUGGAUUACUGUACAGCCUGUUGAGGGAGCUUUUGUUGUCAAUCUUGGAGAUCAUGGUCAUAUUUUGAGUAAUGGAAGGUUCAAGAAUGCUGAUCACCAAGCAGUGGUGAAUUCAAAUCAUAGUCGUUUGUCUAUAGCCACAUUCCAAAAUCCAUCACCAGAUGCAAUUGUGUAUCCUCUCAAAAUUAGAGAUGGAGAAAAAUCAUUGCUAGAGGAACCAAUCACAUUUGCAGAGAUGUAUAGGAGAAAGAUGAGUAAGGACCUUGAAAUUGCUAGGUUAAAGAAGCUUGCAAAGGAGAAGCAAUUGCAAGAUUUGGAGAUUAGUGUCAAAUUUGAAGCUAAACCUAUGGAUAAGAUUCUUGCCUAGCAAGAUAUUAAUUGGUUCGUUUUAUAAUUUCUAUAUGGUGUUUAAUUUGUGCAUAUACUCAAAUAAAAUGGCUUUUGUCGUUUUUGCCCUUGUCUAUUUCUAGUUAGUGAAAAUUUCAUGUGUAUUUCAUGAAUUGAAAAUAAUAUUUUGCUUGUUAUCAAAUCA